CGAAGAAGGACCCUCUUCUGUUUGCUUCUUGCUCAGACGACGACAGCCACCACACAACACACACCGUCCUUCCACCCAUCAUCCACCUGCGUGUUCAACCAUCAUGGCUGAUGACGACGCGGACAGGUUGUUGGACGUGGACCACAAUGACUUGUUCCGAGCACUGCAGACCAACCUCCACAAAGUGUGGCAGCAAGCACAGGAGAACUGCUGGGUCGUGUGCAUCCCAAGGCCGUCCAUCUCCAACAACAUUCGCCUGACAAAGGACAUUGUGCGACGGCAUGUGUUGCGCCCAUCUCCAGUGUAUAAAGGUCAAUACUUGACGCUGGGAUCCAAGCCACACAAGUUUGAGAUCAAGGGCAAUCAGUUGGUAUCACUUGAUGGCGACGCACCCAUUCGCAUCAUCCACGAAGAGGCGUUCUACAACGAGAACUUUGAGCCGUUCAAAGUGUACUGCAUCGACAACGCCAUUGGCAACGUUACCUACACAAAGGCAAACGAGGGCAGUGAUCUGCUCCAGCUGAAGCGGCUGCCGAGCGGGCGUGCGUAUGUGGAAUGGCUCGACGCCAACGUGGAUGCGGAGAAGAUGCUCCAGUGCCGCCGUCUCGUCCGCGCAUUCAACAUGGAAUACCUCACCGCAAAGGGGUAUGUGCACUAUGUGCGGGAGAAAGUGUCUUCGCUGUGGACGGAUGUGCUGAUGAAAGUGCAGGGCAGCAGGCGUGGGCGCGGCUCCACACACACAUCCACAGACGUCACGCAGUUCUGGGAGGAGGCUGCAGAGUGCUUUGUGCUCGUCGAAUCACACAGGAAACUGCACGGCGUGUAUGUGCGCGAGUGGGAAACGCACGCUGCUGUGCUUCGGUCGGCGUUUCAUCGCUACCAGACCGACCCCGCCCCCCUCGAUGUGUCACGCGCGUUUGAACCACUCGAUCUGACGCAAGCCGUCGCCGCGCUCGCCACCCUCCCCGGCCGCCACUGCCGCCUGGACAAAGACGCGGCGUUGCAGGAGGUGCUGGACCUGAUUUCCGCCGCAGCGGAAUUGCAUAAUGUCACGACAGGCGCCAAGCUCGUGCUUGCCAGCGACGACCUCAUACCGCUGCUAAGCAAAUGCGUUUUGCUCUCGCGAAAGGACAGCCUGUUUGCCGAGCUUGCGUACAUGAAGGAGAUGCGACUGUCCGACACCAACGACACCUCGCAGGCCCAUUUCAACCUCGUCACGCUCGAGGCAGCGCUCACAAACGCCGUGCAGAGCUUUGGCCUCCAGCUGCCCGCCAUAUCCGGCGUUGGCGACACGCCUGUAGCGGCAGAACACACGCGCGGUGGAGGCACUGGUGGUGGUGGUGGUGGUGAUGGGAGUGGCGUGCACUCCGCGCUUAGUGGAGGGCGAGGAAGAAGAGGGGACGGAGGUGUGAGUGGCAGCAAUGCGGGUAUGUCACAGCAGCAAGAUUUGGUGUCAGGGGCGCCUGUGCAAGGCGGUGAUGGGGGUGAUGGACGGAGGGGCUCGGGAGGGAACAACGAGCAAAAACAGAUACAACGACAGCGUGGUGGUGAUGGGAGUGUUCAUGGCAAUGGCGAUGGUGGUGACACCCAGGCGUCCACAGGCAAGACGACGGCCAAGACCAACACCACUGCUGCACCUGCGGAGGUGGUGGUGCUGCCUGAAUUGCAAUCGCGUGUGCGCACGACAGACGGCCAGGCACCGCGCGUAGGCGGUCUCCUCUCCCGCCUCUCGCAGUUCAACUUCUGAUGCGAUGCGCUCUCGUGCUGUGGUGUUGUAGGUGCCGUGGUUGUUGGUGCCGUGGUUGUUCCGUGGUCUUGUGGGUGUCGUGGCUGUGGUGUUGUGGUCGUUCUAGGUGUAGGCUGUAGUUGUGGUUGAUGAGCGAUUUCGUGCGUGGAGCGUCGUGUUGCGGCUUCUUACCAUUUAGACAUGUGUGUCUGAGUGUGAAGGCGUGUUGCAAUGGCGAGGAGAGUAUUGUGUUGUUUGGUUUCAUCUUCGAUUACGCAUCACAUUCCGCUUAUUUCUGUGCUCGGUGCAUCUGUUACAUUGCUCGGCGCCCGGCAGUCGUACGCAUCUUCCAUAAAUGUGAACCACCACCC